AUGGCGCUCAACGGAAUGGUGUUUGCCAUUACUGGCGGUGCCAGCGGCAUUGGGCUCGCGACGGCCCAGACUCUGUCCAAGCGAGGAGCGACUGUUUGCAUCGCCGAUGUCGACCCGGCCGCUCUGAGCAAGACUGACGACCAUUUCAAGCCACUGCACGUGCCCUUCAGCGUGACCAAGGUGGACAUCUCGCAGAGGGCCGAAGUCGAUACCUGGAUUGAUGGUAUUGUCAACGAGUACGGCAGACUCGACGGUGCGGCCAAUGUCGCUGGGGUCAUUGGCAAGCAUCAUAGACUACGGGCGGUGAAGGACCUGGACGACGAUGAGUGGCACAAGAUCAUCGCUAUCAACCUUACUGGAACAAUGUAUUGUUUGCGAGCCGAGCUUCGAAACAUCGUCAACGGUGGCUCUAUCGUCAAUGUUUCCUCUAUACACGGACUUCAGGGCUUCGCGAAAUAUGCAGCAUACGAUGCAAGCAAGCACGGCGUCAUAGGACUGACGAAAGCUGCAGCCCAAGGGAACGGCGCUCGGGACAUCCGAGUGAAUGCAGUUGCUCCAGGUGCCAUAUAUACCCCUUUGAUGGAGCAGGGGUGGAAGCUUCGCAAUCGGCCCCCGGAUGCGCCUUACGACGAUGUGGCCGCGAUCCGGCGUCAAGGAACGGCCGAGGAGGUUGGCAAUGUGAUCGCAUUCCUACUGGGCCCCGAUAGCAAGUACGUGAGCGGCAGCGUUUACUCGGUUGAUGGCGCAAUGUAG